CAGGCAAUUAUGUACCUUUGUGCCAUAUGGUUGACAAGGGAUCUAUAAAAAGCCUGCCUGGCUGAUGAAGCAGAAAUUCUAAGUUCACAGUGCAUCAUGGAGUCCCACACAUGGCCAGGGAGUAACAUCCUCUUGUUUCUUUCUGUUUUCUGUACAGAUGAGAAGGUCUGUGCCCAGGCAACCAUCUUCAAGUCCCGAAUCUGGGAUACUGACCAGAAAUCCCUUUACCUGCAGAAUGACGAGCUGGUAGCUGGACAUCUGCAAGGCCCCAAUUCUGCUCUAGAAGAAAUGAUUUACUGGAUUCCCAUCCAUGCCUUUGACCAUGAGAAAUUACUAGUCAUCUUGAGCAUCCAGGAUGGGCAGAGGUGCUUGGCCUGCUCCUCUGGGGCCCAGCCAGUGCUACAGCUUGAGAGCAUCAACAUCACAGAUCUGUACAAAGAUGGCAAAGAAGAACGAGCCCGUUUUACUUUCUUCCUGUCUCGUAAGGGUGGGAUGUGCCAGUUUGAGUCGGCAGCCCAUCCAGGCUGGUUCCUCUGCACCUCUUACAGACCCAACGAGCCCCUUGGCCUCACACGGGUGACGGGAGCAUCUCAUCUGGUGGACUUCUAUUUCCAGUCACACUGAACUUGGGAGUACCAGUGGCAGGAAGCUCUUGAAGAGAACAGCCUCAGCAGGGCCUUGUAAAACUGCAGCCACUGCCCCAGAUGCCAGAGCCUCCCUCCUUCAGCUGUGCUGCAGCCCCCACUCCCAUGGCGGAAGUGCUGCCGGGAUGGAUGGCUGAGCACAUACUGCAUUCAGGGGUCCCUCGUCCUCAGGGUGUUCCCAGGCAAGGGCUCCUGAUGCAUUUAACACUUUCCUACCACAUCCAUGAGCAGAAUGCCUCUUGAUUGUCCAACCUUCAGAGCUGCUCGCUUCUUCCUCCUCUUCACUGGCGCAUGCUUAUUGCUAUGAGAGCUCCCGGGCAAGGUUUUCACCAUGCCAACAUUGCCCUGCUUCAUUGCUUCGUUUAAUUAAGGAGAGAGAAAAGGCUGGCUGCAGGAAGUGUAGUCAGGUAUCCUUUGCUGCUUGCCCCCUGUGCUGGCCACUGGGUGCUUUCGAGCACACAGCUGAAACUACUCAAGACAUCUGUCCUGGGUGGUUUUCCCUCAAGGCUUUCUUGCUUACUGGCCAUGUUGCAGUCACAAAUAGGAAAGCAGUAAUGGUGUGGAAGAAAUCCAGACUCUUCUAUGCUACUUUUCUUACAAAUGUCUACUGCAUCUGUUUUGGACUCACUGAGAAAAGACAGAGGCAAUCAAGCCUUAUCUGCAAUAUUCCAGUAUGUUAAAAAUGUACAAACACACCACAAAAUGCUUGUUUGAAAGAGCACAGAAGAACGGAAAUAAAGAUGUUAGCUGUUCAAAGGAA